CAUUAGUAAGAUUCAAAUACAAACUCAAUUUACUUUUAAAGUAAUAGCAAGAAUUCGCAAACAUUAAAAAUGAAUGUAAGCCUCAAUAAAUAUCACAUUUCAUGUUACGCCAGUAGUGGUCGCGCCGUCGUGACGUAUUGUGCCACGGGUUCCGUUGUUUCUAUGACAACCGCAGAGGCUGCACACUAACACAACAGAAAUAAAACAUGGAUGAUUCUCACAGUGUAGAAGAGACGGCUUUUGUGGUGGAUGAAGUCAGCAGUAUUGUUAAAGAGUCUAUUGAAGGAGCCAUUGGAGCAAACUUCUACCAGCAGAACCGUGUGAACGUGUGGACAUCUAAUGUAGUGGAGCAGUGCUUGAGUCAGCUCAGUAAACUCGGCAAACCUUUCAAAUACAUCGUGACCUGCAUUAUAAUGCAGAAGAAUGGAGCGGGGCUGCAGUCUGCAUCCUCAUGCUUCUGGGAUAACACUACAGACGGUAGGGAACACCACUACAGCACAUCAACUGAGACUGUAUGGCUUGGAGAUCAUUGUUUGUCUAAUCUCGGAGUAAAGCCAGUUCAUUCAGUAUCACAGUGAGGUUUAGUAGUCAAACUCUAAAUAACACAAGUGUUUGAUCCGCAGGCAGCUGCACCGUCCGAUGGGAGAAUAAAUCCAUCUACUGUAUCGUCAGUGUGUUUGGACUCGCCCUUUAAACCCACUGAACUACAUCAACUGCCCAUACAAUCAGCCUGCCAUCUUUCUUCCUGAACUACGUUCUCAGUAUUCUAGAAACAAAGUGACCUCCUUUACAAACAGUGUAUAAUAACAGCAGAUGGACUCCUAUGAAGACCCAGUCUUAAAAGAUUUAAUGAACAUUUUAUACAACAUUCUCAUUACAAUGGUGCAGCUGAGAGAAAGCUCGUCUCCUUUUGGGUUUGUACAUUUGAACUGAGCUCAGCCAGGCCUGGGAAUGAUGUUAUAAACAAAGGCACAAAGAACCGACAGAAAUGACACCGUAAAAAUGUAGUGGUAUUAUUAGGAUCUAGCAGCUCAUUUGAAGACAAAUAUGUCACUACGAAUAAUGAAUCAAACAUUGUUCUUCAAACGUGAACUACAGGUCACAAGCAGCUGUGCAGUACACACCUCCACACAUCAUGUUAACACAAUGAUGUGAACAGAGUUUAGACAAUACUAUUUUUGUCCCGCCUGAUCAAUCUGAUCGUGAACUGUCAAAAUAAACCUGUUGAAGUGAUAUUACUACUGUACUGUACACUCUCUCAUUCACAACACAACAAAACACAGACGUGUCAAGAGAUACAGACACAUCACACGAAACAAACAAUAUACUGAAGGAAUGCGAGAAAAGAAUCCGUUUGGAAUGUAAACUCUUGAACACAAGAUGUCAUACUUUUCAUACAAAAGAAAAAACUAAAAUCACACGAAGGGAUCUGAGCUCUACAUGAGCAAGCGUUCUGAGGUGUGAUGAGAUUUCAGAGCCUGUCCAGAGAAUGUUCAGGUCAAACUUCACCCUCAAAACUCAGAGAAACAACAUUUAGUUCACAUUUUGCAUAGAAAAAAUGAAGACGAAAAUGAAGACUUUGGGACUCAAAUUCUGACAUUCUCAUUACUGUAAUGCAAAGACUAAACAAAGUAUUUCAAUUGUAAUGUUCAACUGUAGAGCCUUAGAUUUAGAUUAGAUUUGUUUGCAUUCAAUUGCAAAUGAGGCGGAAAUGAAAAUAAUGGUCCAAAACUAAACCUAAUUACUUUAUGCAAAACACAUAACUUCAUUGUUUGGUGAAGUAUGACCUGCAUGUUUCUUCAGUACAUUCAAUCAAACAGUGGCUUUACAAAUUUACAACAACAGAUCUUCAGUAUUUACAUCAGCUGUACAAUACAUAUGUGCACCACUGUAUAACCAAACACAGAACGUCAUCAGCAGAGCGACGGGAGCACAUUUAGCUGGAGUCACUUGCAAACACACAUUACUUUCUCUUUAAAAAUAGAUCAGCAUAUAUAUAUAUAUAUAUAUAUAUAUUUACAUACAGUAAAUAAUGACAC